AACCUGUCGAGUUGACUGCGUUCCACCCACAUCCGCUCUGCCCUCUGGAUGUGCUGCAAUGUUAAUCCUUGUGCCCUUCCUCGUAUGGCAUCGAUGAACUGCAGUACUCGUGCUGUUGCCCUGAUCAGUCUCUCGUAAGAAGAGAAGCAUUCUAUGUCUGGCAGUUGUGCAGCGUCCUUGGUGUCGCUCUGAUGCGCCACGAUUUCCUCCAACUCUUCAUCAUCCCCUGCCUUCUCUUCCUUCCGGUGAGGCCAUCUGUCUUCUUCCUCGUAGAGAAAUGACGGUCCUGUGAACCAUUGGUCGUUUUCUCCCUUGCUCACGAAGUUCAUGCGCGUCGAUCGUCGGUCGAUCUGCUAUGUUCUCCGCAGUCGGUAUCCACCUCCAUUGCUCGGGUGAUGUCUUCUCGGCUAUCUUCCCUAAUCGAUGAGCUACGUAUGGAGUGUAACGCGCCGUAUCGUUCUGUAUCCAUUGGAGCGCCGUAGUAGAGUCCGUCCAAUAAACGACCCUACCUGCUACCACUCUGUGUUCGUCCUGUACGAAUUCCGCGAGUCGCGCACCUAUCAAGUUCGCCUGCAACUCUAGUUGCGGUAUACUCUGCGCCUUAAUCGGAGCUACUUUCGCCUUGGCCGCCACUAAUCUUACCCUAAGCGUUCCGUCGCGAUAUCGUAUACGCCAAUAUGCUGCGGAUGCGUACGCGCGUUCACUUGCGUCGUUAAAAAUGUGAAGUUGACGCUCUACGACUCCCCCCGUAGGAGCAUAGCACCUUGGCAGGCGCAGUCGUGACACCUCCUCGACGACUCGCAGCCACCUCUGGAACUCAUCCGCUGCCUCCUCGGAUAGUUCAUCAUCCCAUCCGACCUUCUUCAUACGCCAUAGGUCUUGUAACAGGAUCUUGGCGGUGAUGGUGAGGUAGCUGAGCAGUCCCAGUGGGUCAAACACCGACAUGACUGCGCUCAAUGCCUCCCUCUUGGUCGGUGGUCGCUGUAGCGCCUUUACUUCCUGUGGCACCCGAUUAAUAGAUGUAUCAAAGGUCAGGGCGUCUUCGUCGGCCAUCCACAGUAACCCUAAGGUCCUUCCCGGGCCAUCUUGCCUUAGGCCCACCUCCUUAGGCGACAGCGCGCUCCUCUUCCCGUCGCGGCCUACUCUUAAGCGAGAUGCCUAUAGAAUCUAUCUCAUACUGCCGUUUGAGGAGAUCUGUUAGCUCCUCGUCCUGACUGACGAACGUUUGGAUGUCCGUCCGCUAGUCCUUGCCAUUUGUAGUACCGUUUCGCUAUCUUGUCUACACGUUACCUGCGGCACGGUCCCUUGAAUCACCCACCCUAAUAACGUCCUUGCAGCUAUGGGCUGCCUCCGGCGUCCUAUCCUUAAUUACGGGUGAUUAUUAAAUGCCAGUUGUCGGCUCCUAAUAAUACUCUCGGCUUCGCGUCGUCGUAACAUACCGCACUCGGUGAGUCGCGUAAGUGCUUCAACCGCAAGCACUCCCUACUCACAGACUGCGAGCCUAUCUUUAAAUUCGUUAUCAUUCGCGCACUUAUACUAUAAAUUUCACUGCGCGUCUUGCCACGUAUUCCUAUGUUCACUAACCUAUCGGCCUCGCGUUGAUUAUUAUUUACGCCUCUAAUAUUGAGCGGCUUUGUUGGUCCUUCCGCUUCUAACUCGCGAGCUAAGUCGUUGUCGGUCAACGAUAUGGUGGAGCCUUCGUCGAGUAGCGCAUAUGUAUCUACUUCCUUACCACGCGGUCCGCGCACGGUAAUGAGGUACACUAUCAAUAAUACCGACGCACUACUGUCAACGUUUGACGCGACGAGCACGGUUACGUCCGUGUUUUCCGACGUUUCAGGCGUCCGGGCUUUGCGGGUGUGAAGGAGGCCAUGGUGGGGGGCUUUGCAGCCGUCAAUGCCUGCAACUUUACAAGGCGCAGGUUCGGCCUCACAUGGAAUACUGUUCCCAUCUCUGGGCUGGGGCUCCCCAGUGCCAGCUUCUUCCACUUAACCGCAUCCAGCGCAGAGCGGCUCGAAUCGUCGACGACCGAGUCCUUUCCGAUCGGCUCGACUCAUUGGCACUGCGAAGAGAUGUUGCAUCUCUUAGCAUUUUCUUUCGCAUUUACCAUGGGGAGUGCUCUGAGGAAUUGUUCGGAUUAAUCCCAGCCGCCAAAUUUCACGAACGCACAUCGCGGCAGAACUCCCGAUACCAUCCACACCAUCUGGAUGAUUCGCGGUCCACCACUGUGCGAUUUAGAAGAUGUUUUCUUCCUCGCACAACUUCCUUGUGGAAUAGUUUACCACCAGCGAUUUUUCCGGACCGAUACGACUUAGAGACCUUCAAGAAAAGAGCCUACUCCUUUUUAAAAGGCCGGCAACGCAUCUGCAAUUCCCCUGGUGUUGCAGUUGUUCAUGGGCGGCGGUAGUCACUUACCAUCAGGUGAGCCGCAUGCUCGUUUGCCCCCUCUCCUAUAAAAAAAAAACUUCCUAGCCUUACACCUAAGGCGCCGGUGUUUGCUGCUUAAACACACCCCAUCUUCCCUUACCCACUUCCAUCGGUCGUCCAGACCCAUUUGUGCCAGCUUCUUAAAUUUGGCGAUUGGGUGUUCACCCCCGCAACACAUACACGGGACACUUCCGUUGUCCUCCUGUGUGGUGAACGUCUUUACGUCGCGGGCCCUAUCCUCUACGCGGCGUGUCAACACUAUCCUUUUCGACGGCGGUGCUUUUCGUCUUACGGGCGAUUCCUUAGUCGGCGUUACGGAUGUAUAGGCGUGACUUAACGCACGGUCAGCCUCUCUCAUCUUAAACCGGGAUAAUGUGACAAUGUUCGGUUCGUCCGCACUUCCGUAGUGCUCCGCAUAAUCGCACCAACGCGACCGUAAGUGGGGGCUUAGUUUACUCGUGACCUCCCCUAGUUAGCAUCGGAUUUUGUAAAUAUCAGUUGCCGUUGACGUUCUGCAUUAUACAUACCAUAUUUUGCAAUUUAAUAGCGAACGAGUUUAAUUCCUGGGCGGUUUGACCCGGGCGCGAAAGGCGUUUUAACUCAUCUAACGUAGACGUAGUAUUGUCAGAAACGUGGAUAAAAUUGGUUAACCGACGAACUUCGAAGAAGAAUCUUCUUUCUUCUGUAUGGUCUUCGGAUCUUCCAGCUUCGAUCUUCUGGCUUCUAUCCGGCGACGAUGGAACAAGAAUUGUAGGGGACUGCAGUGGACUGUAUGAUUUUAUUGUGUGACGACUGAUGUUAUUUUACUGUGUAGGGUAAACUAUACUAAGGACGGUUGAAGAAAAGAUGGUAUUGUAGACGAUUAUGUAUUGCACUAUUUACAAGCGGCUUUUAAUGCAAUUGCAAAAAAAAGGUAAGCGGUCUUCAAUGGAGUAUUCUUUCUUGAGGUUUUCUCUCUUGAUGUAGUAUCUCGUAGUGUCGCUUCCGAAAUGAACAGCUCACAUCCUAAAACUCCCUUCUUAUAUUUCCAAUAAGAGUGUCUCGGCACGUGAGUGGUAUUAUAAGAUGUGCCGCGCGCUGAUUGGUCGGCGGCAUCGCGUGAUCUUCGGGCGGUGUGCGGGGCGCAAUGGGGUAUGAAGGGGCGACGGGGAGGCGGCUCCCUUCGCUGUCCGUAACAAUUAUGUAAUAUAAAAUAUUAAAUUUUGCCAUCUUUACUGAUGUCAUAUUAGUGUGAUGUACAGGGUGAAGUUGACAAGAAAGAUGACUCCGGCAAUGAGACUGGUGCUGGUGAGCCUGAGGUGGAUGAUGACUCGGCCUUCACUGGUUAUGAUAAGAACAAGAGUUUCUUUGAUAACAUCUCCUGUGAGGCUGUCGAGAGAUCGAAAGGGCGCAGCCAGCGAACGGACUGGCGGACCGAGCGCAAGCUGAACUCUGAGACGUUCGGCGUGGCGUCGGCGCGCCGCGGCGCCUGGCGCGGCCGCGCCAACUGGCGGCACAACCCGCACAACCCACACAACCCGCACAACUCGCAUCAUCAACCCAUGUCGUACUUCCCCAGCUGGCGGGCGAUGCGCGGCGCGCGCGGCCGCGGCAACAACAACAUCCGGCAGCCGCGCAGCAGCGCGCCCGCGCCCGCGCCGCACGCCGCGCCGCACGCCGCACAGCACCACUCCACCGCCGCCGCAAAGUAGAAGAUAGCAUGCCGCAGGGAGUACACUGAAUCUUAAUUUAUUAUCGCGUGGACUAAUCACAAAGCAAACAAGUAACGGAAAUGCGUGAGAUGGUGAUUUAAGUGUGUUAUGUAAUCUAUUUAAAAAAGCUGAAGUUGUAUUUGUGGGAAGAAAUUAGGGAUGUGAUUUUAAGAAGAUGGACAUUGUUUUGGUGUGAUAGUGUUGUAUCCAAUAAAUGGAAGGUGUCAGCCGGUGAUUCCCGCAAGAACGAGCAAGCAAAAUAUCUACGUCCAGAUGCAUUCGCACUUAGUAUAGUGUAAAAAGAGUAGGUGAGCAAAAUGUGUUCUCUAUUUUGGGCAGUUUUAUUGACAUCCCCUAAAUUUCGACAUCCUUGUCUAUAUUGAAGCUAUGUUCUGUGAUUCUGGAUGUCAAUAUCAUAAUUGUACCAUGUAAACUGACUCCUCGUAAUUCUAAUGAGGCUAUGUAGCAAGCCCCUGCAUAGUAUUAAAUGUCAUGCCCAAUGAAUUAUAUUUUCAUAGCUUCAAACAUAUUACGCAGUUGUGCCUAUUAAAGUUGUAACAAGAUGUUGUUAGAUUAUUAAAUAUGUUUUACUACGGUCAAGUUUCGAAAUGUCAGAGUUUUUGUUUUAUUUAAAAUAGCAAUGACUGAAUGUUGUAACAAUGGUCCUUUAAUGAAUGUGUUAGCUGACACUAUUAAAUCUUAGCUUAUCGAGAUACCUUUGAGCAUGUUUAAAUUGCUCUGCUGGCCAGAUUAUUCACGAAUUUUUAGGUAGAUUAAUGAAACUACUCAAGGUGUCUUCGGCUUUAACUUAGAAAUUACUUGAGUUAAUCGUUGACCGUAUUUUAUUGUUAGAUAAUCAAUGUGAUGGUGGGACUGCUGAUGUGAUCUGAUGACAGUAUCGCUGGAUUUGUAGUUAUUAUUGUAAAGUCUUAAUGGACUACUUUUUAUUGGAGUGAUUUUUAUUGUAAAGGGAUACUGUCAUGUUUCAUGAUAUGCCAC